CAAGUUGAUAAUAGAUUAUAUGAUGUCGUGGCGUUCCUCUUGGGUUGAGAUCUCAGAGUAAAUUACAGGGUAAACAUAAGGGAACCUUGGGUUAAUCAUAACACAGUCGUUUUCUUGAGCCUGUGGAUCUUCUCCGCUAUUUCCGCUGGAUUCAGUCACAUGACCGGUCAAAAUGCACAGCACUGCAAACUCUGUUUAUUGAAUUCUUAUAUAUGUUCUUGACAAUUUAUAUUAUUCGGCCCAUAAUUGUUUAUUUGGAGGUUAAAGCCAAAUAAGACAUUUCCACCGUUUGGAAUAUGUGGGAUUUAGCCCAUCAAAUCCUACUAUGGCGAGGUCUCAUCUUAUGAAUAUUAAUUAGAUAUGGCGUUCAUCCUAUCAAAGCGAGGCAUCUCCCAAAGGCUAUGAUGCAGGCUGUGCUUCUUAAUAUUAAAUAGAUCAUCCUCAAGUUGAUUGGUAAGAUGGCUUGUCUCUCCUACUAAAUAUUAAUUUACUCAUUGUGACGUUGCACGGUGUAAUAGCGAGGCCUUCGCCAUGCUAGAAUUAGUAAAUUCGCUUCGUUUGCAAUAUAAACUUUUUCAAGACGGGAUUUCCUGCGAACUGGAUCUGUAUCAUCUGCAUAAGGACGGGGAAAAUUUGAGGAAUAGAGAAAAAUGUCUGAGAACGAAAAACCAAAGGUCCAUACUUUGUCAAAGGAUGAAGGUUUAACCAAUGGAGGAAAUAAUGUUUCCAGUAACGUUUCAGACGAGAUGACAGAGAAAUUCGAUCUUGCCACAGUCUAUGUGUCAGAUGCCCAGUAUAACAGGAACUCCGUUUUUGAUACUUCACCACAGACUGUGAGGCUGUACUUGUUGUACAAUCACUGGUUCAUGCAGACGCUGGUAUACGUAUUCAUCAUUGUAAAUCUUGCCCUGGCUCUCUUUGAGGAUCCUGCUGUUGUGCCACUUCCUAUAUGGGCGACUUCUACAACUGAGAUCAUAUGUCUCUCUGCAUUCACUGUGCGGAUGAUACACUAUGCCAAAAUCAUUCCCAAGGAUAAAUUCUGGAAGGAUCCCAAAAAUAUCUGCAUCAUAGUCGUUAUAACGCUUUCUUUCAUAGAUUUGACUAUAUACGGGGCUCUAAAAUCAACUGGCUACUUUGCCAUCCGAUGGUCGAGGGUCUUAAGACCACUUCUGUUAGUUAAUGUUACAGAGGGAAGACAACUGCGGAGGGCGUUCAGGAGUAUUCGGAAUGCGCUGCCUCAGAUCGCCUAUGUUUUUCUCUUAUUCAUGUUCAGUGUGUUGGUCUUUUCUCUUGUGGCUCUUAAAUUGUUUGGGAAAAGGGGCCUUCUUACCAUUGAUGGUUCUCCAUAUUUCACAGACUAUGUGGAUAUUGUUUUUGAUCUUUAUGUUUUAGUAACCACCGCUAAUAGCCCUGAUGUCAUGAUGCCGGCAUACAACUACAGUGAUUCCUUCACUAUUUUCUUCAUUCUAUACAUUGUUAUCAACAUAUAUACCUUCAUGUCCUUCUUUCUGGCUGUCGUUUACAGUAACUACAAAAAGCACCUUAAGGAGGAAGUCCGGCAGCUGGUGAAGGCCAGAAGAUUUAAGAUGUGCCGGGCGUUUUCUUUGCUUCAGGAGGCCCGGGGUGAAGGUGGAGAGCCCGUGGUGACCCAGGCCAAAUGGAACCAUCUGGUUAAACUCGUCAAGCCGAAUAUGAGUAUUGCUCACCGGGAACUGCUCUGGAGCGUCUUAGAUGAUCAGAACAAAGGACACAUAGGAAAAUUUGCAUUUGUCCAGCUUGCUGAUCUUCUGAGUAUUCAGGUGAUCACAGUGAAAUCACAGCCGCACCCAAUUCACAUCUGUUUCCCCUCUAUGUAUAAUUCCCCGGUCAGCAGAUUCAUCCGCUAUGUGGUUCAUCACAGAAUGUUUGUGCAUGUUUAUGACCUGAUUAUCCUGGUGAAUGCUGUGUUCAUUGGUCUGGAUGAAGAGAACCCUGUGGUAUCAAAUGCUGAGUGGGGUUUUCUGGUUCUUUAUAUGCUGGAGAUCAUUCUCAAACUUUACGCUACCGAGCCUCGGGCAUUCUUUGCUCGACAUCAUUUCUGGAACUGGUUUGAUACCAUCAUUAUUGUGUCUGCACUCUUUGGCACUAUCAUUAACUCAGCACUCAAACACUCUGGAGGUUACACAGGUCGCCAGAUUUUGGACAUCGUUUUCAUCUUGAGAGUCCUCCGUCUCAUACGUUUGGUGGAUACCAUUAAGAGAUUCCGGGCUAUCAUCAACACUCUUAUUAAAAUUGGACCCACUAUUCUUACAUUUGGCCAACUCAUAGUGGUGGUCUAUUACAUAUUUGCCAUGGUUGGAAUGGAAUUGUUUAAAGGUAAAGUUCAGUUUUUUGAACCUAACUCUACAAGUCCUGAUCAAGAGUACUGUGGAAACCCUCUCCUUAAAGGAACCACUUUUGCUAAACUCAACUACUGCAAGAACAACUUCAACAAUGUGGUCUCUUCCUUCAUUGUCUUGCUGGAACUCACUGUGGUUAAUCAGUGGCAUGUGUUGACCAGUGGUUUCACAGCAGUCACACACAUUUCAGCCAGAAUUUUCUUCAUCCUUUUUCACAUUGUGGUAGUCAUUAUUAUAAUCAAUAUUUUUGUAGCGUUUAUCUUGGAGGCAUUCUUGGUGGAAUACACAGUUGACAAAAGUGACCUGCAGACUUCUCUGGAGAAAAAGAUAGAGGAGCUGGAGCUUAAUGUUCAGCAGGAUGGUGUGGACACUGGUCUUGUAGAUGCAAUGGAAAGCAAUGACAAUGAACUAAGUCCUUCUGAAGCUGCCAAACAGAAGCCCUCCCUCAUGUUCAAGAUUGCUUCAAGAAGAUCCAGAACUGUGGAUGGACUUUUGCAGCGGAUGUUUGAAACAGAAAUUCAUCCUGAAGACUUUGAGGAAGAGGAGCCAGAAAACAUCAACUUCUCAAACCCUGUCUUUGACUCAGUAUAACUAACAUAUAUAUAUAUAUAUAUAUAUAUAUAUAU